ACAAAAUGCGCCAUUAACUUAAUCCUUUAAAUAGGAUAGAAUUUCUCAACUGAAAUGCAUCAGUAUUUGCCCUUACACAGCAUUCGACUUAACUGAAGUGUAAGGUACAGUCAUGUUUGCUAUUUUGCUGAUUGCAUCAUUGUUUUGCCAAGGUCUGACAAUAGUGAGCUACGGAGACAACUUCAUCACUGCAUUUCCAGAAAACAUAGGUUACUUCUAUCCACACAAUUCCAUGGAAAUUAUAAGAGUCACUGCCCUUCAUGAUAACACAACGUUUAACGUCAUCUACAGAGGCACACAGAAGACAAUAUCAAUCAGCCAGUCAGGGGAGACCAGCGCCGUGACAAUUCAAGGAAGUUUUGAAGUAAAUCAACUAAAUCAGUACAAUAAAUCUGUCCGAAUUACCAGUGAUAAAAAUAUCACAGUGGUUUCUUAUAGUUGUCGGGAAGACAGUGUCCAGACAAACGUUGUUCAGCCCACUACAAAUCUCGGUACAAACUAUUUGAUCCCUUCCCUGAACUACACAGAGUUGCUUGCAUCAUUCACCCAGUUUAACUCAGCCAGUGGAUCCAUGAGAUACAGCACAUUCAAGUUGCUCAUUAUCAAUGCAGUGGGCAAUGAAAACAAUAUCACCUUAUUCAAGAAAACAGAGACAGAUAUUGAAGAAGAGACAUUGAGGCUUGAGGCCUACCAGCUUUUCCAGGUUUUGACCAAUGGUUCUGUGGUGAGGGUUGAAUCAAGCCAUGAAAUAGCUGUGAUACUGACCCACCCCUGUGCAGAGACUGCAGGCUGUACAUGUAACAUGGUAGUGAAUCAGAUUCUUCCCACAAAAUUUCAAGGUCAAAAUUUUGUUGUGCCCUCCAUCUUGAACACAGCUCUGACCGAGUUACUUGUGGCAACGGAUCAAAACACAUCCUCACUAUUUUAUAACAGCACUCAAUUACAACCAAUCAGUAAUUCCUCAAUGCUCCUGCCAUUUCCGUAUCUGCAGACUGCAUCUCAAUAUUUAACUGCUUCAGAAAACGUGUCCGUCAGACUUCUCAGUCCAGGCCUCAUCAUGGAAUUGAUCCCAGAAAACAUGUUCUCUGCUUGCUACCUGCUGCAGUUCUUCUCAAGUAAAGGUCAGGCCUUUGUGAUAGCUGAAACAGACAGCAGAGAUGAUGUUCAUAUACAGGAUAGUCCACUUUCGGCUCAGUGGACCGAAAUUACAGGCACAAAGUACUCUUCGGCUAUAGUAACUCUGAACUACCAAACAGCCGUCAUCUGGCAUCGAACAUCAAGGAUUGCCGUUUAUAUGCUGGACAGUCGAAACACAAUAGUUUUUGGAGGUCCAGCUAUAUCUAUAAAUGAAAGACCAGAUUAUUAUGGCUGUGUGGUGAUGCCUGGACAGUUUCAAGUUGGAAAUGACAAAAUGACUUGGCUUGAGUCCCGUGAGUACUGCAUGACUACCACAAAUCAGUUUGCUUGCCCCAUAAAUGAAGAUAUGCUGAAGGAUAUGACCAGUAACCUGAGCUCACAGCAGGGGCAAGUCUGGAUCGGUCUACGCCGGAGUCUUCUCACUACAGAGUUGUACUGGCAGGAUGAGAGUGAAAACUCACCCCCUGUGACAUAUGUGAACUGGGCCAGCAAUAAACCACAGAAACUUUGGAGGGGCUUGUGUAUGUCCAUGGAUCCCGAAAAUGAAUUCAAAUGGAAAAAUGCUCGCUGCUGUAAUAAAAAGAAGCCUGUAUGCUACAAAAGGCCUAACUACUUAACUCCGUCACAAAUCAUAACUACUUCUAGUUGGUAAAGUUCUCAGUUAUAUGACCACCAAUAUAUUUUAGUUCUAGACUGCAAAAUGCCUUUUCAUGAGUUUAUGGUCUAUGUAAUGAGGUAAUCCACACCAGCUGACAUAGACCUUGUUUUUGUCAUUUUGCUAAAUGUAAUAUAUACUGUAUAUAUGCAGUACUGUGCAAAAGUCUUUAUAAGGUGUUUCACAAUAGCAUUUGUCUUAAGAUGGUUAUUUAUAUCUUCAGCUUUAGUGUUUCAAUAGGAAAUAUAAAUGUUAGACUCCCAAACAUUACUUUUGAAAAUAGAAAAGAUUAGAAUAGAAGAACAGGGAGCCCUGCAACAGAUGGCAUGGCCCCCACAAAGCCCCCCACUGAACAUCGUGUCAGUCUGAGAUUACAUAAAGAGACAGAAGCAAUUGAGACAGCCUAAAUAGAUAGAAGAACUGUGGUGAAUUCUUCAAGAAGCUUGGAACAUCCUAUCUGCCAACAACCAAGAAAAACUGUGUCCAGGUAUACCUAGGAGAAUUGGUGCUGUUUUAAAGGUAUACUGGACUUUGUAUGGCAUUAAGUGAUAAAUGAAAACUAUUUAUUUCAUUAUUUUUGAAGACAUCCUCACUAUGCAACAUUUUCACAAAUGCCUAAAACUUUUGCACAGUACUGUAUAUAUAUAUAUAUAUAUAUAUAUAUAUAUAUAUAUAUAUAUAUAUAUAUAUAUGUGUGUGUGUGUGUGUGUGUGUGUGUGUGUGUGGAGGAGACGUAAAACAGAUGCUGAAUUAAUCUCCAACUGCAGACUAUAUAAGUGUGUAUUGCACAAACAAAAUCAACAGUAACAUUUUAGCUACUAUAAGCUUUUAUUAAGUAAAUUAAAUACGUUAAAAAUGUAUUUUAAAUAUUCUAUUAAACCACUUUAAAUGGUAAUAUUAUUAGUAACAUUAAAAUAGUUUUGGUGUCAUGCAUCUAUGCUUUCCUUUAUACCAACAUUAAAACAUUACAUCAUCUCAUGAUUUUUGAUUUGGACUUUAUGCUUAACAGUAGCAACAGCCUUUUUAGUUUCUGGUGGGAAGUACUUGAAAUUAACAGAUUACACUUUCUAUGAAAAAUUCAUUAUACAUACAUGUAUGUUCUUAAAGCAUUAUAAAGCUAUUCAUAAUUCCUUACAAUAUACAUUGUAAUCUGUCAUAUGUUUUCAUAAAUAAAUGUAACCAAGACGUAAUAUAAUACUUAUCUAUGGUUACAUCUUGGUGUAUUUUAACACAUUAAAAUGUAUGAUAUAAAUGUUAUAUGAUACAAAACAUAAAAUAUGUUGUUGAAAUUGAGUUUUAAUUACAAUGCAUUUCUAGCUAUAAGAGGGAUAAGUGACUGCUUAGGGCCCCCGGGGCACCAGAGAUUGUUUUAAUUCAUUCAUUCAUUCAUUCAUUUUUUUUUUUUUUUUACCAUUUUAAUACAGUUAUUUAUUGUAAAUUUGUAUACAAAAAACAAAAAACAACAACAACAACAACAACAACAAAAAAGUAUGUGCCACUAUCCAUGGUAACAUCUGUUUAUUAUGUUAAAAAAUAAGGGAAAUAGGAUGAAAGAAUCGUUUAAUGACAGCAGUAAAAUGUAAUAUGGUGUAUUGUGUGAUAAAGACAUCCAGUGCCCAGAAUAUGAAUUUCAUAUAAUUCUGUUCUAUUUCUAAAGUCUUUCGUGGGCCGCAUAGCAGCAGUCGGAGGGCCACAGAUGGCCCACCUUUGGACACCCCUUGCAUAGACUGUAUGAAUCAAAUGUAUUCCUUGAGGAACUUAAUAGCUCUAAUCUCCCCUCUGUGGAGUGUAGGAUCAUUAAUCAACCUAUUUAUGACUUUAGUAACUGUAAUCAACCCUAAAUAUGAUCACUCUGUGUGCUCUUACCUAACCCUUCUAUUUCCCUGAUUUGUAUGCAUAUUUGCUGAGAGCUACAUACAUAGGCUAUUAUUUACUGCUGGAAGUUUGCCCAUUUAGUCAUCAGGCAUAAAAUAUGACUGCGAUCUCAGGAUACUUAUAAAACUCAAGUCUUGUAUUUGUUCAACCAUGUCUGCCUGCUCAAGUAUCAUCAAAUAUCAAUAAA